GCUGUGCCUCUUGCCGACGCCCGACACGAACAGUCGCCAUGUCAGACAGCUCUCGCAACCCACCUCUACCUUGGGGCAAUCAAACAGUAUGGCAGCAGCUAGCUCACGAGUGUGCUCAAGGCGCCAUCUAUGAUUCAAACGAGCGGUAUCCGCAUUCCCGAUGUCUUACAGGAACCAGAGUUGUGCUUCUCCAAACUAUCAAGGAACUCGUCGACACCGAGGAUCGCAAGAUAGUGUGGAUCUCGGGUGAAUCUGGUUCGGGCAAGUCCACUGUAGCGCAUACACUCGCGGAUAAACUUCGGGAGGAGGGCAGGCUUGCGUGUACGUUCUUUUUCUCGAGAAAGCAUACCAAGCGGAGCACCUUCGACCAUGUCCUCCUCACCUUCGCAUAUCAGCUGGGUCUCCAUCACCCUCGAGCCAAGGAGAUCAUUGUCAAAGCCAUAACAGACGACCCUGCCUUGCUCUCCCCUGAGAAAUCUCGCCACG